CUACCAGCUUCUUUCUCUUAUCGGCGAAACACAUCUCUUGCUUCAUCUCCGCUUCACAACUACUCUACAACAAAAAAAGAUUUAGAGAGAGAAACUCUCUCUCACUCUCUCUCUAACUACUUUCUCUCUCUAUAACCGUCGUCGUCACCGGAAAAAUUCAAACGAAAUACAGUUAUUUCAUUUCACAGGAACAAAACAAUAAAGGAGAUGGCGACGCCUUUGGACGGAGGAGGAGGAGUGACGGUGCUGUCAAAUUCCGUCAACAACGUCGCUUCCUCGUCGGCUCUCAAUGGCGCCUUCAAGUGCUCCGACGUCGACUCAUCGCCGAUUUUGAUUUUCCUGUUCUUUCACAAAGCGAUGCGGAAUGAGCUUGACGCGUUGCACCGGUUAGCUAUGGCAUUCGCCACCGGAAACCGCUCUGACAUUCAGCCGCUCUCCGACCGCUACCAUUUCCUCAGCGCGAUUUAUAGGCACCACUGCAAUGCUGAAGAUGAGGUGCUAAUUUUUGGUUCAGUUUUUGUUCUUGUAUAUGUUUUGGAGUUUGAUUGUUGUUGAAUUGUGUGAAUCGAUGUUCCAUUGGUGAGAGAAAUGCUGUGGAAAACGAAGGGUUUUGAUAGCUGGUUGCAUUUGCAAUGACGAAAUGGAAAUGACGCUCUUGUUUCUCUAUUCUCUCGGCCAUUUCCUCUUGAUGUGGAAAAAGAAAAAGGAGAACUGUAUUAUAGAACGCUUUAGCUUUGGGGAAGAAGCUAACUUCAGGUGAUUUUUCCAGCUCUAGAUAUACGUGUGAAGAACGUAGCACAGGCAUAUUCACUUGAGCACAAGGGUGAAAGCAAUCUUUUUGAUCAUCUAUUUGAGCUAUUGAAUUCUUCCAUCCAUAAUGAUGAAAGUUUUGCAAGAGAGUUAGCAUCUUGCGCGGGAGCUUUGCAGACGUCAGUUAGUCAGCACAUGGCAAAGGAAGAGGAGCAGGUAUUUCCUCUACUUAUUGAGAAGUUCUCUCUUGAGGAACAGGCAUCCUUAGUUUGGCAGUUCCUUUGCAGUAUUCCUGUGAAUAUGAUGGCAGAGUUUCUUCCAUGGCUUUCAACAUCUAUUCCACCUGAUGAAUCUCAGGAUUUACAAAAUUGCUUGAUCAAGAUAGUGCCAGAGGAAAAGCUUCUUCAGAAGGUAAUUUUCACCUGGAUGGAAGGGAGAAGUUGUAUCAACAAACUUGAAAGUUGUAAAGAUCAUUCUCAAGUUAAAUGUGGUUCUAGCCCAUUAGCCCAUCAAGUUGGGAAAGUAAGCUGCAUAUGUGAAUCCACAACAACUGGAAAAAGGAAGUAUUCUGAAUCUAUGCUAGAUGUUUCUGAUGUCAGUGGAACACAUCCUAUAGAUGAAAUAGUGCUCUGGCAUAAUGCAAUUAAAAAAGAGUUAAGUGAGAUAGCAGAGGAGACUAGAAAGAUACAACAAUUGGGAGAUUUUACUAAUAUAUCAGCUUUUAAUGAAAGAUUGCAAUUCGUUGCUGAAGUUUGCAUAUUUCACAGUAUUGCUGAGGACAAGGUUAUAUUUCCAGCUGUAGAUGGAGAAUUUUCUUUCUUUCAGGAGCAUGCUGAAGAAGAAAGCCAAUUUAAUGACUUCCGGAGUUUGAUUGAAGGUAUUCAAAAUGAAGGAGCAUCAUCUAAUUCAGAAGUUGAAUUUUAUUCCAAGCUAUGUUCACACGCUGACCAUAUAAUGGAAACCAUACAGAGGCAUUUCCAUAAUGAAGAAGUUCAGGUUCUUCCACUUGCAAGAAAGCACUUUAGCUUUAAAAGGCAAUGUGAACUUCUUUAUCAAAGCUUAUGCAUGAUGCCUCUGAAAUUGAUUGAGCGUGUCCUGCCAUGGUUGGUAGGAUCUUUAACUGAAAAAGAAGCAAAGAUUUUCCUGAACAACAUGCAACUGGCAGCUCCAGCAACAGAUUCUGCUCUAGUCACACUCUUCUGUGGUUGGGCUUGCAAGGCUCGUAAUGAAGGUCUGUGUUUAUCAUCAAGCUCAUUGGGUUGUUGUCCAUCUCAAAGAAUUUCUGAUAUUGAAGAAAACACUGGCCGGCCAUCCUGUGUCUGUGACUCUGCAUCAUCUGGGAGACAGUGCUCAGUACUAGCUGAGUUAGAUGGGAGCGAAAGAUCAGUCAAGAGAAACACAUUGGAGCUGCAAAAGAAUGGAGAUGUACCUGAAACUUCAGAGUCUGAUAAUAUCCAGAAACAAUGUUGUAAAGCUCGGUCUUGUUGUGUGCCAGGUUUAGGAGUAAGCACUAACAAUUUAGGGCUGAGUUCUGUUUCUACGGCCAAGUCCUUACGCUCAUUGUCUUUUAGCUCUUCUCCCCCAUCUCUUAAUUCCAGUCUUUUCAUAUGGGAAACAGAGAGCAGCUCCGGUGAUGUUGGCUCUACACAAAGACCAAUCGAUACUGUGUUUAAAUUCCAUAAAGCUAUACGGAAAGACUUGGAGUAUCUAGAUGUCGAAUCUGGAAAACUGAGUCAUGGUGAUGAAACCAUUCUUCGGCACUUUAGUGGAAGAUUUCGUCUUUUGUGGGGUUUAUAUAGAGCUCAUAGUAAUGCUGAAGAUGACAUAGUAUUUCCAGCACUGGAAUCCAAAGAGGCACUUCAUAAUGUGAGUCAUUCAUACAUGCUAGACCAUAAGCAGGAAGAACAACUGUUUGAAGAUAUUUCCUGCGUUCUUUCUGAGCUUUCUGUCCUUCAUGAAGCCUUGCAGAUGACUCAUAUGUCAGAGGAAUUAAGUGAAAGUAAUUUUGGAACCUCUGAUGCCAAUGGAACUGAUGAUAUCAAAAAGUUCAAUGAACUUGCAACUAAGCUUCAGGGGAUGUGCAAAUCCGUAAGAGUGACCCUGGAUCAGCAUAUUUUCAGGGAAGAGCGUGAGCUCUGGCCAUUGUUUGGGAGGCAUUUCACUGUAGAAGAACAGGACAAAAUAGUAGGACGAAUAAUUGGAACUACAGGUGCAGAAGUUCUCCAAUCAAUGUUACCAUGGGUAACUUCUGCACUUACUCAGGAAGAACAAAACACGCUGAUGGAUACAUGGAAGCAGGCGACUAAGAAUACUAUGUUCAGUGAAUGGCUUAAUGAAUGCUGGAAAGAGAGUCAGGCAUCUGUAGUACAGACAGAAACAUCUGAUUAUAGCACUUCUCAAAGAGGUUCUGAGAAUCAAGAAAGCUUAGAUCACACUGAUCAAAUGUUCAAGCCAGGUUGGAAAGACAUAUUCCGGAUGAAUCAGAAUGAACUUGAGUCAGAGAUCCGGAAAGUUUAUCGUGACUCAACUCUUGAUCCAAGGAGAAAGGCAUAUCUUGUGCAGAAUCUAAUGACAAGUCGUUGGAUAGCUGCCCAGCAAAAAUCACCUAAAGCUCCAUCUGAAGGAUCAUCUGGUGUAGAAAUAGAAGGAUAUUCACCAUCCUUUCGGGACCCAGGGAAACAUGUAUUUGGGUGUGAACACUAUAAGAGAAAUUGCAAGCUCCGAGCUGCAUGUUGUGGCAAGUUAUUUACAUGUAGGUUUUGUCAUGACAAUGUGAGCGAUCACUCAAUGGAUAGAAAAGCAACAUCAGAAAUGAUGUGUAUGCGCUGCCUGAAUAUACAGCCCGUAGGACCUAUAUGCAUGACACCUUCAUGUAAUGGACUUUCAAUGGCAAAAUAUUUCUGCAAUAUAUGCAAAUUUUUUGAUGAUGAAAGGAAUGUAUAUCAUUGCCCAUUUUGCAAUUUAUGCCGUGUCGGACGAGGGCUUGGGAUUGAUUAUUUUCAUUGCAUGAAAUGCAAUUGUUGCCUGGGUAUUAAAUCAACAUCUCACAAGUGCCUGGAGAAAGGUUUAGAAAUGAACUGCCCAAUUUGCUGCGACGACUUAUUCACAUCAAGUGCUCCAGUCAGAGCUCUACCUUGUGGCCACUAUAUGCAUUCUGCUUGCUUUCAGGCAUACACCUGUAGUCACUACACAUGUCCAAUCUGCAGCAAGUCAUUGGGAGAUAUGGCGGUUUACUUUGGUAUGCUUGAUGCCUUAUUGGCUGCUGAGGAGCUUCCUGAAGAGUAUAGGGACCGCAAUCAGGACAUACUCUGCCAUGACUGUAACCGAAAGGGAACCUCACGUUUCCAUUGGUUGUAUCACAAAUGUGGAUUUUGUGGCUCUUACAAUACUCGGGUAAUCAAGUCAGAGACCUAUUCCAGCUGCUCUUAGUGUGCUUCUUUUGACGGGAGAUAGACAAAGUUUGUAAAUAUUUUGUGUAGUAUUAGCAUAGCAUAGCAUAGCAAUCCAAAAUUUCCCUCAACCAGGGGCUCCAUUAUUGUUUCAUUUUAUACAGAGGCCUCGUAUUGUGUAUUCUCUGUAACCGCAGAUAGAAGCACCUUAGCCGUUUUAUAGUAAUUAUUAUUAUUUAUAUUUUUUUCUUUGAUCA